UUAAUUUCCAGGUGGUCUUUUUAGGAGCUAAGCCGAAUUAAGCUGACGUCUUUUGCAACCCGCAUGGGAAAUACAUUUAUUAGACCCUCUUGAUUUCUUUGUUUGUUCGUCAUCGUUGACUAAUGACACGUACGCCGUCUGUCCGUGUACGACUUCUGAUUUUUAUUAUUUAUUAACUACGAUGGGAUUUUCACUGCGCCACUGACCCAUCGCCAUCAAGCAAAAUGCGCUGAUUGGAGGUCCAACUGCAGUGCUGAUAAGAACAAGUACACUUAUGACUUAUAAAAUGAGUACUAAAACUACUAUAAGUCUACUAAUUCAUUUUUAGUAAACACUUUCCUUUAAUUUUUAUGCUUAAAUUCCGUUACCACAUUUUUGGAAUUUCCAAAAAGUCGUUAGCUUAAUUUUAAUUGCUUUUUUAACGAAAAAUAAUUUUAUUUUUUAUUUGCAGGUGUACAAAAAGUUGGUUUGGUAUAUAUAAUAUGAUGGUAAUUUAUUUAUUUUUGUUAUAAUUAAUACAGAAGGAUGACCCAAAAAGUAGGUGAUGUAAAAAGGGACGGACAUAGAUCAAUAAUUAUUAUAAUAGGAAAGUUACUUCAUUGAUUAAAUGUAGAAAAAUUAAGAAAACUAACAAAAUUUAAAUAAUCUUUAACCGCAUUUUUACGUUGAUAUGUUAAAGAGUUGCCACAUGUUUGUUGGCCUACGGCGCUGCCACCUGGGCGUACCACGGAUGGUACCUAAUUUUAUUGUACCAAUUUUACAACAACCUAAUUUUCGAAAAGAAGUAACUUAAGUAUAUCUAUUAUUAAAACAUUUUAUGAACAGGCUUUUGUUUAUAAACAUAAUUUGGACAUUUCAUUUAAUUUAAAAGUAACGGAGCUAUAGGGAAACUACUGGACCACUACGUUUUUAAGUACCCUGCGGUGGUAACGAUUGCGGGAAAACGGCUUACCCGAAACCAAAAAUAUAAAAAAGUUAGUUUAUUAUAAUUAAUGUAAUUAUCUUGUCGCUGAACUAAGAAAUUUCGAAUACAGGUGAAAGACCAGAGGUUUGACAUGGCUGUUUUGGACGUAUUCUAUGUAAUUGCUUUCAAUGUUUUUUAUAUAUCCUUUCUGGUUUAUACAGAUUUUCUAUGCAAAAGUACAAGGUGCUUGGAUUCUCGAACUUAUCAUCGGUGUCUAAAAAAAAACGAAAUGGAACUUCCUGUUGAACUUUCGGACUAGCCACCUCUUCAUUAAGUUAUCCAAGAUGUGAUCGACUACCGGUAGUAUAUCUAUUAUCCCAGUGUUGGUAGCCGUGGUACCAUUUUAAAACUUUAUGAAGGGUAUUGAUCUGAAUUCUAAUCGUGUGUUUUCUGUUUUAUUUUGAACUCCGCGUGGAAUUUAACUUAUUUUUUAUCAUGAUUUUGUUCUGAUAUUGAGAACAAUAAACUCAAAAUGUGUCUACAGGGGCUUUAAGAGCAAAUGUUCUCAAUUCAAGAACAUUGCGCUUGCUUUCGCUGUGAACGAUAUGGUUUUGAUAAACUUUACUGCACUGUUCUGACAUACCCAGUAAAUAAAGUUUCUUGGGCAUAUACCCAUGAAAAUACCAUGAAUCCAGAGUUCUUGUCAACCAACCUGCAACCCUGAAACGAUUUUGGCCAAUCAAGUAGGCCUUGGCAAACUGUCAUGACAUUUGAAAGCACUUGUCAUUAUAUUCCGAAGGCACUUGGAAAACCUAUUCUCUUUAACGAUGGCGAAGAAAACGAAUUACAAGAUGCCCGAGCGCAACUUGGAUCUCCCUGCCGAUAUGGCAUUCGUGAACAAUCUGCUCAAGGACCUUGGAUUGGAGGCGGAUCCGUCGUCACGUGGCGUUAUCCUGGACCUGGCCUACACUUUGGCAAGGGACAAACUGGUGGAGGCCCAACGCUUUGCCACGAUGGCCAACCGUUCCAACGUGAGUGUCGAGGAUCUGCACAUGGCGGAGCCCGAGCGGGCCGUCCCGCUGGUAAAGGUCCCGAAGGAGAGUACCGAGAAUCUGGAGGAGAUGGAGACCGACCAGCCGGGGACUAGUGCGAAGGCGAGCGCGCAGGCGUCGAAGCCCCUGGCCAAGGAGGCCAGCCAGGACCCGGGUUCGAGCAAGGGACCAAUGCUGUCCACCUCUCGCAAUGAUCAGGUGGGCAAGAAGGCCGAUCUGAAGCCCAAGGCCGCUGAGCAGGCGAAACCGAAGCCAAAGACCCGAGCAAGUUUAUCCAAGCCGGUGGAACCUCCUGCCACUCCAACCACUUCCGGAGCUGCUCCUGUACAACGCACUCCCAGAGUCGCCAAGAAGCCACGUGGCGGAGCAAGUUCAUCCAAACCGGUGGAGCCUCCUGCCACUGCAACCACUUCCGGAGCUGCUCCUGUACAACGCACUCCCAGGGUCGCCAAGAAGCCACGUAUUGGAGCAAGUUCAUCCAAUCCGGUGGAGCCUCCUGCCACUCCAACCAUUUCCGGAGCUGCUCCUGUACAACGCACUCCCAGGGUCGCCAAGAAGCCACGUAUCGGAGCAAGUGCAUCCAAACCGGUGGAACCUCCUGCCACUCCAACCACUUCCGGAGCUGCUCCUGUACAACGCACUCCCAGGGUCGCCAAGAAGCCACGUGGCGGAGCAAGUUCAACCAAUCCGGUGGAGCCUCCUGCCACUCCAACCACUUCUGGAGCUGCUCCUGUACAACGCACUCCCAGGGUCGCCAAGAAGCCACGUAUCGGAGCAAGUUCAUCCAAUCCGGUGGAGCCUCCUGCCACUCCAACCAUUUCCGGAGCUGCUCCUGUACAACGCACUCCCAGGGUCGCCAAGAAGCCACGUAUCGGAGCAAGUUCAUCCAAUCCGGUGGAGCCUCCUGCCACUCCAACCACUUCUGGAGCUGCUCCUGUACAACGCACUCCCAGGGUCGCCAAGAAACCACGUAUCGGAGCAAGUUCAUCCAAACCGGUGGAACCUCCUGCCACUCCAACCACUUCCGGAGCUGGUCCUUCACAACCCACUCCCAAGGUCGUCAAGAAGCCACGUACUAGAAUUAUCUACAAAAAGUAGGCUAUGAAGGGAAUCUUAUUCUACCCCUAACAUGUGAUAUUUUCCCAACUUAAUAAAUAUCUCUAGCUAUUUAUUAGCU